AAGAAAAUGGGUGACGAUGACGUGCUUCCCCGGUUCAGCCACAACGUGCUGGCCACGUCUCAUUCUCUGUUUACGGCAAACAUCAAGGGGAAUGAUGAAGACCCCACCACCGGUUAUGAUUACGAGGGCAAUUCACCCUGCGCCAAUGACGAGGUGAAGCAAAUGGAAGCCAGCCUCCUGCCCCCGCUCUACUCGCUGGUGUUCAUCUUUGGUUUCGUGGGCAACUUGCUGGUCGUCCUCAUCCUGAUAAACUGCAAAAAGCUGAAGAGCAUGACCGACAUCUACCUGUUCAACCUGGCCAUCUCCGACCUGCUUUUCCUUCUGACUUUCCCAGUGUGGAUUCAUUACGCCGCAAAUGGGUGGGUCUUGGGGAAUGUGAUAUGUAAACUAUUCACGGGGAUGUAUCACGUGGGUUAUUUUGGCGGAAUCUUCUUCAUCAUCCUCUUGACAAUCGAUAGGUACCUGGCUAUCGUCCAUGCGGUGUUCGCUUUAAAAGCCAGGACGGUCACCUUUGGGGUGAUGACAAGUGGGGUCACCUGGGUGGUGGCUGUGUUCGCCUCUCUCCCAAAAAUCAUCUUUACCAAAUCUCAAGCAGAAGGGUUAGUUUACUUCUGUGGCCCUUAUUUUCCAGUAGAAUGGAAUAAUUUCUAUACAAUCAUGAGAAGCAUUUUGGGCCUGGUCCUGCCACUGCUUGUCAUGGUGAUCUGCUACUCAGGGAUCCUGAAGACCCUGUUUCGGUGUCGAAACGAGAGGAAGAAACACAAGGCCGUGAGGCUCGUCUUUGUGAUCAUGAUCGUUUAUUUUCUCUUCUGGGCGCCCUACAACAUCGUCCUUCUGCUCAACACCUUCCAGAUCUUCUUCGGCUUGGAUAACUGCAUUAGCUCUAAUAGGCUGGACCAAGCCAUGCAUGUGACAGAGACCCUCGGGAUGACGCACUGCUGUAUCAACCCCAUCAUCUACGCCUUCGUCGGGGAGAAGUUCAGACGGUACCUCUCCGUGUUUUUCCGGAAACAUAUCGCCAAACACCUCUGCAAACAGUGCCCGGUUUUCUACCGGGAGACAGCAGACGGCGUGAGCUCAGCAUACACCCCUUCCACAGGGGAGCAGGAAGUCUCGGCUGGUUUGUAA